UUCCCCGAGUGCCAGCGCGUUCUUGCGCUGUCGGGGCCGCUGUGUGAGGUCGAGGAGGCCACGGCGACUCGAGGUGGAACGGACCCGAGGUGACCUGGGGGAGGCAAAGGGGGUCGGCAUAGGGCGACUUGGGGUGGUGGUGUUCGGCAAGAGUGGCUGAGGAACGGGGGGUAAUGGGCCCCCUGCACCGCAGCUGACGGACAACGACCGUGCCCUGUGGGACAGCCCCGGACGGCAGCAGCAGCAGCAGCGGUCAUCAUGACGAGCACGGCAGCGGCGGGCGGUCCGUCCCCAGCAGACGGACGAGAGGAGCAGGAGGCAAACGAGACUCCAUCUCCAUCACCGACCUCGUCGGAGUCUCGGGGCUCCGUGUCGAGCAUGGCCGGCAGCUACGCGGGCGACGGGCCCAGCGCUGGGCUGCAGUCGCUGCUCUUUGCCUUCGCUCGCACCUUCUUGUGCCUCUUCCCCACCUACCUGGCCGGCUACCUGGGCAUGAGCUUCAGCUGGAUCUUGCUGGGAGUGAUCGUGUGGCUGGGGUACAAGCGCAUUCGAGCCAGCAAGAAGCAGUUGCUGCUCAAGGAGGAGCAGCUCAGCAGCUUUGAAGAGUUGUGCAUUCGCUCCGGGAUCAAGCACCAGGAUCUGCCUGCCUGGGUGCAAUUCCCAGAUGUGGAGCGAGUGGAAUGGCUGAACAAAGUGUUGGUGCAAGUGUGGCCUUUCUUUGGGCGCUACAUGGAAGGAGUGUUCCGGCAGGCGAUUGAGCCGGCUGUGCGUGGAUCAACCGAUUACCUUAAGACAUUCACCUUUACCAAGCUCCACUUUGGAGAGAAGCCAUUUAAGGUGACUGGAAUAAAGACAUAUUCACAGAAUGUGGACAAGAGGCAGAUUAUCCUUGACCUGCAAAUCAGUUACGUCGGUGACUGUGAUAUCAAUGUGGAAAUCCCAAAGUACUUCUGCAAUGCUGGAGCCAAGCAAGUACAGCUCCACGGCUCCCUGCGCGUCAUCCUGGAGCCGCUCAUCAGCCAGGUGCCGUUCUUCGGAGCGCUCACGUUCUUCUUCAUCCGCCGGCCGCAAUUGAACAUCAACUGGACAGGAUUGACCAAUCUGCUAGACAUCCCAGGGCUCAACAACAUGUCGGAUUCCAUGAUUACCGACCAGAUCGCCAAUCUCAUGGUGCUGCCCAACCGCUUCACAGUGCCCAUCGUGGGCGACUUGGAGCUUGCGGAACUCCGCUUUCCUAUCCCCAAGGGUGUGCUGAGGAUACACCUGAAGGGGGCACGUGACCUGGAACGGAAGGACAACCUUUUGAAAGGGAUGAUUAAGGGCAAGUCCGAUCCUUACACGGUGCUUCACGUGGGCCCGCAAAGAUUCCAGAGCAAGACUAUUCAAAAAAACCUGGACCCUAUCUGGAACGAGGUCUAUGAGGCCAUUGUGCAUGAGGUUCCGGGCCAGGAGCUGGAGGCCACCCUGUUUGACGAGGACCCUGACAAGGAUGACUUUCUGGGCAGUCUGACUAUUGACUUGAAUGAGGUGGCAAAGGAGCGUGUUGUGGAUGAGUGGUUUGUGCUGGACGAGGUGGACACGGGACAGUUGCACCUCAAGCUGGAGUGGCUCUCAUUGCUCACCGAUGCCAGCAGCCUAAACGAGAUUCUGGGCAGCAUUCGUGCCGGCCCAGGUCAGGCCAACGAUGGGCUCUCUUCGGCCCUGCUCGUCGUGUACCUUGACUGCGCACGGAACCUUCCGAGUGUGUUUGCUGGGACAUUAGGCUGUGGCUACUUGCAGGGCCGGCGAGCGUCCGGCCUGGUGUUUUGUGAGAAUACCAGCAGCAUGUCACAGGCACUGUUUCCGAAGAAGAAGGGCACCAACCUUGAGCCCAGCCCGUUCGUGCAGCUCUCCGUCUCUCACACCACAUUUGAAAGCAAGAUUUGUUACAACACGAAUGACCCAGUCUGGGAGCAGCCAUUCACUUUCUGCAUCCACAACCCCACUGACCAAGAUCUCGACAUAGAGGUGAAAGACGACGAUCGGCAGUGCUCCCUCGGCUCUUUCAACCUGCCUCUAAAGCGCUUGCUCGUAGCCGAUGGCAUGACUCUGGACCAGGCCUUCCAGCUGAGCAACUCUGGGCCAAACAGCGUCAUCAAGAUGAAACUGGCUCUCAGGAUUUUGAAGGUGAUGCCUAAGGAAGAAAACUUCAUUCAGGAUGGGCAGAACCUGGUUCGGAAGAAAGUAGGAAAGCCUCGUGGCAAGAAAAAGAAGGAUGCAACAGGGGCUGGCCCUAAGGCCAAUGGCAUGGGUCGCACUGUGGUCGGAGGGGCAGGGGGCUCCCACUCAUCUCUAAGUACCGACAAAGGAGGCGAGGGGCCCCAUGCGCAGGAAGGGCCUUCACCUGGAUUACACGCGGCCACCAGGCUAGCGGCUGGGCCAGGGAAGGAGCCAACGCCGAGCAUUGCGUCGGAUAUGUCCGUGCCGGCUUCCACGCAGGAGCUCCGUCGCCGCGUCCGGCAACUGCAGAAUGAGACUGGUGUUGGAGAGUCUCCUCUCGGGCAAAUUCAGCUCACCAUCCGACACAGCGCACAGCGCAAUCAGCUUGUUGUGGUUGUGCACGCAUGCAAAAACCUUCUGACAGCAACGCAUGAAGGGGCAAACGUGUACGUGCGCAUAUAUAUGCACCCAAACCGCAGGCGGCUGGGGAAAAGGAAGACUUCAACUGUUAAGAAGUCUGUCAACCCUGUCUUCGAUGAGACAUUGGAGUUUACGAUGACACUUGCCGAAGCGAAGGAAAAACACAUUCUAGAUCUGGCAGUCAAGCAUGACGGGGGAUUCCUGGCCAAGGAGGAACUGUUGGGAAAGCUUCAGGUUGACGUGCAGUCCCUUGACCUGACAAAAGGCACCACCAACUGGUACGACUUGACGGUGGACGGAGACAUCCUCAAGAACAAGUGAAGAAGGGAGCGGGAUCACGGCCUCGGGGGGUCCCUUUCACUUGGCUAUGCCUUAUCACACACUGCUGUCACAUACUUACGGCUGUUUAUAGGUUACGCAAUAAACUUUUUUUUUAUUUUAAAAUUUUAAAUCGAAAAUGUGUUACGUAUGUUUUACAUACUUCCGUGUUUGUCUGCACGGUAGCAAAUGUUACGACUGGUCGCUGCUGCCCUGCGCUGGUCAUGACAAUUACCAAGCCUCUCUGCUGGCUUUUCUUUACUUUUAAAGCUUCUGACGCCAAAGCCCAGCUUUACCGGUUCUCCUUCAUCAGCCAUAAUCUACAACUACAGAAACAUCUGCUGUUGAGUGGGUAGGCCCUGUAAUUAAAUAAUAUGAUCAAUGUU